CAGAUGUUUGAUUCACAGCUGAUAAGAAUUAUCUUCAGGUACCCAUCCUUGAGGUCUGAUUACAGAAUUGACCCUAGCCCACCCACACACCUAAAAUUUAUUUAAGAGACCAACCUAAACUCUUCCUGGCUUUUAGGAAGAAGACUGGUAUGGGGAAAUGUAUUCCUUGCUAGUUCUUCCAGGCCAUGGCGCUUCUCAGCGACUUUUUCCUUUGGUUUUUCUGCUUUUCCUGGCUGUGUUUUCCUAUUAGUCUUUGUUCUCGGGCUUCUACAGAAGUUCAGAUUGCAGCGGGUGCUGAAUGGGAAGCUAAGGCUGAACCUUGGUCCUUGGUGCAGCCUCUAGAUGAAAAAGACAGAUUGGGCUUCCUUCCUCCUCUCUUCAAGGUUCUGUAUAAUGGGCAAGGUGACGCCCCUAGGCUGCAGCCAGACUCCAGAGCUUUGCGUUACAUGAAGAGACUUUAUAAGUCCUUUGCUACCAAGGAGGGGAUCCCUAAAUCCAACAGAAGUCCUCUCUACAACACUGUUCGGCUCUUCACAUCUUAUGCCCAGCACAAGCAGGCUCCUGGGGACCAGGUGACAGGAACCGUACCAUCCGUGGACCUGCUAUUUCACCUGGAUCGUGUUACUGCCGUUGAACACUUCAUCAAGUCAGUCUUGCUAUUUACUUUCAGCAACCCCAUUUCUUUUUCUUCUGCUGUGAAAUGUGUGUGCAACCUGGUGAUGAAGGAGCCCGAGGCUUCUCGCGGGAACCUCCAUAGAACUCCAUCCUCAUUGACCUUUGACUCCCAGUUUGAAUUUAGAAAGAAAUACAGAUGGAUUGAGGUGGAUGUGACGGCUCCUCUUCAGCCUCUAGUGGCCUCCAACCAAAGAAACAUUCACAUGUCUGUAAAUUUGACCUGUGUGAAAGCCCAGCUGCAGCCCCCUUCAGCACGUGACAGUCCCUUUAACGUGACUCUUCUGGUGCCCCCCUCACUGCUUUUAUAUCUGAACGACACGAGUGCCCAGGCUCAUCACAGGUGGUAUUCCCUUCACUAUAAAAGGAGGCCUUCCCAAGGUGCUGGCCAGAAGAGAGGGCUGUCUGCCUGUCCCCAGGGAGAAGAGUCAGCUGAGGCUGUACGACCUUCCCGUCAUCGGAGAGGUCAGGAGACUAUCGGCUUGGAACCUCAGAAGCCUCUGGUUCCAGCUUCUUUCAAUCUGAGCGAAUACUUCAAACAGUUUCUUUUUCCCCAAAACGAGUGUGAGCUCCAUGACUUUAGACUUAGUUUUAGUCAGCUGAAGUGGGACAGCUGGAUCGUGGCCCCGCACAGAUACAACCCUCGAUACUGUAAAGGGGACUGUCCAAGGGCACUUGGACAUCGGUAUGGCUCGCCAGUUCACACCAUGGUGCAGAAUAUCAUCCAUGAGAAGCUCGACUCCUCAGUGCCAAGACCCUCCUGUGUGCCUGCCAAAUACAGUCCUCUCAGUGUUCUGACCAUUGAGCCAGAUGGCUCAAUCGCUUACAAAGAAUAUGAAGAUAUGAUAGCCACUAAGUGCACCUGUCGUUGAUACUGGGUUCUCUAAACUAAAACCUGGAGCCUCUUCGGCAAAGAAAUGCCGUGCACCUCUCUGUGCCUUCAGGAGAAAGUUCCACGUGUCAAAUCUCAGUGUAGUAUGUCUUGUAUAAGGGGGAGCCUGUGUAGAUGAGCACAUUCUGUGGCAUCUAUCCGUGGAAAGUGGUAACAUCUUCCUGUUUAAUUUCCGGGUGUAAAUGAACUGUAAUUAUUUUGGAGGACCCUAAAUUUCUUUCCCAUGAAUGAUUUUUUUUUUCUUGACAUUGGUAUCAGAGUGCAGUAGUUGUAGUUAAUGGAAGAAUAAACC